UUAUAUCCCUAAAUUCUCCCAUUUUCUUCUUUAUCUCCUACCAUUUUCAAUCUUCAACAAUCCAAUAAAAAAGCUCAAAAUUAAGAAAAUAACAGAAAAAAUAAUUGCUCGUCGUAGAAGAAGCUCGCGUUUUACUUGAUCGCUUCUUCAUCUUCUUCUUCUAAUUCUUUUUCCUCAAUGUUCUCGAUCGGUACUUGGUAAUUGAGGAAGUUCCUCAUGGCUCCAUCUAGGAAAUCUAAGAGUGUAAAUAAGAAGUUUUCUUAUGUUAACGAGGUUGCUUCUAUUAAAGAUGGAGAUAGUAGUGCUAAGAGAAGUGGGAAACGGAAAAGGAAGCUAUCUGACAUGUUAGGGCCUCAAUGGACUAAGGAAGAGCUUGAACGUUUCUAUGAAGCAUAUCGUAAGUAUGGAAAAGAUUGGAAGAAGGUGGCUACUAUGAUACGUAAUCGGUCUGUCGAAAUGGUUGAAGCUCUUUACACUAUGAACAGGGCCUACUUAUCUCUUCCUGAGGGCACUGCUUCUGUGGUUGGGCUCAUAGCAAUGAUGACGGAUCAUUAUUCUGUUAUGGGAGGAAGUGACAGUGAACAAGAGAGCAAUGAGGGCAUGGGAAUUUCUAGGAAACCUCAGAAGCGUAGCAGGGGAAAAAUUCGAGAUCAACCUUCUAAAAGUUCAGAUAAGCCGCUUCCAGAUCUUUUGCAAUUUCCUUCAGCUAAUUCAGGUUGCCUGUCAUUGUUGAAGAGGAGACGCUCUGAAAGUAGGCCCCGUGCUGUCGGAAAAAGGACUCCUCGUGUUCCUAUUUCUUUUUCUCAUGACAAAAACAAAGGGGAAAGGUAUUUUUCACCUAUUAGGCAGGGCAUGAAACUAAAGGUGGAUGCAGUUGAUGAUGAUGUUGCUCAUGAGGUAGCACUAGCAUUGACGGAGGCAUCACAAAGAGGUGGCUCUCCCCAAGUUUCUAGAACACCAAAUAGAAAAGCAGAGACGCCUUCACCUGUCAUCAACAGUGAAAGGAUGAAUGCUGACUCAGAAACUACUAGUGCCAAGAUUCACGGUAGUGAAGUGGAUGAGGAUGCUUGUGAAUUAAGCUUAGGAAGCACUGAAGCAGAUAAUGCAGAUUAUGCUAAAGACAAAAACUAUUCAAGGAAUAUAGAAGGCACUGGUACCGUUGAAGUUCAACAGAAGGGGAAAAGAUACUACAGAAGGAAGCCAGAGAUUGAGGAAAGUGUAAACCAUCAGGAAGACACAAAAGAAGCCUGUAGUGGGACAGAAGAAGGACAACAAUUAUGUGAUUUCAAGGGAAACUUUGAUUGUGAGGUUGAAGAUGCUAAAACUUCUAGAGCCUCCAUCAAGGGUCCAAGAAAAAGAAGUAAAAAGGUGUUGUUUGAAGGAGUUGAAGACACUGCCUUCGAUGCCCUGCAAACUCUAGCAGAUCUGUCCUUGAUGAUGCCGGAGACUGCUGAUACCGAGUCAUCUGUGCAGCAUAAGGAAGAGAAAAAUGAAGUUGAGAAGACUAAACUGAAAGGAAAUCAUCUUGUUCCAGGAGCUAAAGGCUGUGCCUCCAAGGCAUCUAGACAUGGAAAACUUUUUGGACAUGAUGUUCGUGCUAAUCCUGAAGCAAAGGAGGCACAUCCGGCUAAUGUUGGAAUGAGGAAAAGGAGACAGAAAUCCUCACCUUAUAAAUUGCAGAUACCAAAAGAUGAAACUGACGCUGAUUCUCAGUUGGGUGAAUCUCCAAACAUUGAGGCUUCUGGUGAGGUAAAGAAUCUUCUGAGUAAAGGUAAACUGUCUAAUAAUGUUGGACAUCCAAAGCAAGGGAAAUUUGUGAGACCUCCAGAGCAUGCCUCCUCCAGUACUGAUCAAGGAAGGGACUUGAACAAUUUAGCUCCAUCUACUAUACAGGUUUCAUCUGUUAACCAGGUCAACCUACCGACAAAAAUCAGGAGUAAGCGAAAGACGGAUGUGCGGGAACCAGCAAUUAGGAAGGGUAUAAAGUCCUCUGAUAAUAUUGUAAAGGGAAAAAUUAGUGGGCCAGUUACAUUAUUCCAUGAUGGAGCACUGGAUCUGAAGGAAAAGCUUUGUAACUUCCUUUGUUCAUACCGAGCACGGAGAUGGUGUGCCUUUGAAUGGUUCUAUAGUACAAUUGAUUAUCCAUGGUUCGCUAAAAGGGAGUUUGUGGAGUAUUUGGAUCAUGUAGGAUUAGGUCAUAUUCCUAGAUUAACUCGUGUUGAAUGGGGUGUAAUAAGGAGUUCCCUUGGCAAACCACGGCGGUUUUCUGAGCAAUUUUUAAAGGAAGAAAGGGAGAAGCUUAAUCAAUACCGGGAGUCGGUUAGAAGGCAUUAUGCUGAACUCCGUGCCGGUAUUGGUGAAGGACUUCCAACUGAUUUAGCUCGACCUCUAUCGGUUGGACAACGUGUCAUUGCUGUUCAUCCAAAAAUUAGAGAGAUUCAUGAUGGAAGUGUGUUAACUGUUGACUAUAGUAGAUACCGGAUUCAGUUUGACAGCCCUGAGCUAGGAGUGGAAUUUGUUAUGGAUGUUGAUUGUAUGCCUUUAAACCCAAUGGAAAAUUUGCCUGCUUCCCUUUCAAGACAAAAUGCUGCCAUCCGUAAAUUUGUUGAGAACUACAAUGAGCUCAAAAUGAAUGGGCAGUCAAAAGAAAGCAAGAUGGAAGAGAACAUCAAGUUUAUGCAAUGUGAUAACUUGGAGAAUGCCAAUAGUCCAUCUCGUACUUCCCCAUCAACUUUCAGUGUUGGCAAUUUAUCACAGCCAGUUAAGGUUGAUUCAUCAAGUCCUAAUUUACAACUUAAAAUUGGGCCUACCGAAACUGUUUAUACACAAGCAAUAAAUUCUCAGCCUUCUGCUGUGUCGCUGGUUCAGGCAAGAGAAGCUGAUGUUGAAGCACUUUCUCAGUUGACUCGUGCUCUUGAUAAAAAGGAGGCCAUUGUGUCUGAACUGCGACGUAUGAAUGAUGAGGUGUUGGAAAACCAGAAAGGUGGAGACAACCAUAUAAAGGAUUCAGAUUCUUUCAAGAAGCAAUAUGCUGCUGUUCUCUUACAGUUGAAUGAAGUCAAUGAACAGGUUUCUUCUGCUCUGUUGUGCUUGAGGCAACGGAAUACAUAUCAAGGGACCUCCUCGGGUAAGCUGCUGAAUCCCUCGGGUAAAAUUGGUGAGCAAGGCUCUCAGUUGAGCUCUUUUGAUGCUAUGCAUCAUGUCCAAGAAUCUGUAUCCCAUGUAGCUGAAAUUGUUGAAAGUUCAAGAAGGAAAGCUCGAUCAAUGGUUGAUGCAGCCUUAAAGGCUAUGUCAUCUUUGAGAAAAGGGGGGAAAAACAUUGAGAGGAUUGAGGAUGCAAUAGAUUUUGUAAAUAACCAGCUUUCAUUGAAUGAGUUUAGUGCACCUGCUCCGAGGUCUGCGGCCCCAGUAGACUCUGUCCGUAGUCAUGAUAAUCUGACUGCUUGUUCAUCAUAUCCAUUUGCAACUAGUCAUAUACCUGAGAUGAAGCUGCAAAAUUUGUCAGACCAAGAUGAACUUAAAAUCCCUUCAGACCUUAUUUCGCAAUGUGUAGCCACCUUGCUCAUGAUACAGAAAUGUACAGAAAGACAGUUCCCACCAGGAGAUGUUGCAGAGGUGCUAGAUUCAGCAGUUACAAGUUUGAAGCCAUGUUGUUCACAAAAUCUACCGAUUUACACAGAGAUACAGAAAUGUAUGGGAAUUAUUAGGAAUCAGAUAUUGGCAUUAGUUCCCACAUCAUGAAAUCAGGUAUGUUGUAAUUCCUCCAUUGUUGUUGUAAAAACAAUCCAACACUCUUCUUAUCCAAUUUUAUUUACUCCUUUUUUUUUUCUUAUCUUUUUUAAAUAUGAAUAAAGAUACGUGUAUCAAUUAUUAUCAAAUUAACCAAAAACUAAAACUCAAGUCUCUCUGCAUUUUAUUGAAGCCUAUCUUCUUCUUUUUUUAA